AUGCGUAGAAUCCUACGAGAAAAAGUUUGGUGGCCCUGUAUGGACAGGGAUGCUUCGGAUAGAAUCCAAGGUUGUAUUGGAUGCACAGCAGUUAGCAGACAGUUACCACCGGAACCAAUGAUUCGCAAGGAAAUCCCGGAUCGAGCAUGGCAAGACAUAGCGAUAGAUUUCUUUUCUGCAAAAGAAUGUUCGAUAUUCUUAGUUGUCGUAGACUAUUUCAGUCGUUUUUUAAAAGUGAUUGAAAUGCGAAACACGAAUGCUGCCAAAACUAUUGAUGCUCUUGAACAGAUAUUCAACCAGCAAGCAUAUCCCGAAACAAUCCGUUGCGAUAAUGGACCGCCAUUCUCAUGUGAGGAGUUCGCUCUUUACUGCAAAACCAAAAAUAUUAGACUCAUUAGAACGAUACCAUAUUGGCCACAAAUGAAUGGCCUUGUCGAGCGCCAAAACCAAGGUAUCCUAAGAGCACUGCGACUUGGAAAAGCUACUCAUUCGGAUUGGCGAAAGGCAUUGAAGGACUACGUGUACAUGUCCAACACCUCGCCGCAUUCUGUAACAGAGAAAGCACCUUUGGAACUGCUCACAGGUCGCCCAGUCAAGGAUUUAUUACCAUCUCUAAGGACAGAACCAGCGUUGCGCCAAGAACAGGGCGUUAAGGACACUGAUGCCAUCAAAAAGAUGAGAGGGAAAAUCUACGCUGAUAACCACAGACGUGCAAAAACAUCAUCGAGGUCGGCGACUCUGUCAUGCUUAAAAACAACGUAUCUGGAAAACUUGAUAAAUAUCGAGCGGAUCAUCGAGAUAUGUCUCAAACAGGAGAUGGAGAGCUGGGUCCAGUGGAAUGACCUUCAAGAACUCGGAAAAUGCCAUCGCGACUAG